AUGUUGCCGUUUAAGCACGCAAAUAAGGAUUUAUCUGAAGAAACAUUAAUGAAGCUUUCAAAUUCUUCAACUACUAUCGCUAUGGAUAAUGAAUCUUUAUGGAUUGAUGGAAAAUGGAUAAAAGAUUCUUCUGAUCGUACUUUAAUGUUUCGUGGCAUAAAUUUAUCCGGCGCUUCCAAAAAUCCUCCAAAUAUACCUUCACAUGUACUCGAAGGUUUUUUUGACCAUAGAAAUGUUAGCUUUAUUGGGAGACCUUUUCCUUUAGAAGAAGCUGACCAACAUUUCUCUCGUUUAAAACACUGGGGUUUUAAUUUUUUGAGAUUUAUUGUCACUUGGGAAGCUCUUGAGCACAAAGGACCUGGUAUAUAUGAUUUUGAAUUCAUUGAUUAUAUUAUAAAAAUCCUUCAAAAGGCCAAAGAACAUGGCUUUAAAUGUUUUAUUGAUCCUCACCAAGAU